AUGAAGUUAGCAGUCGUUGCUCUCCUCACUGCUGUGCCAGCCAUUGCGGCUACUCUAACGCAUGAGGUCAACUCUGAAUCCUCUAAUGCGCCAGCCAGGCGUGAGGAGCAUGUUCCCUCUAGGCGAGCUUACCCUACUGAUAAGCAUUCCAGGAGGUGGAAUGCCCCCAGGGCUAAGACUCAGGAGGAAGAAAACCAGGUGGUCCUAGAGAUCAACCUAGGGGCGGAAAGCCAUGUGGUCCUGUAG